AUGCCCGAUAUCAACAUCGCAACAUUGAAAGAUAAAGCGUUGGAUGUUGAUCCAGACAUUCGAUUCAUGGCAUUGGAGGAUUUUCGUAAAGGAUUGGAAGUUGAAUCAGGAAUCCCCAACCCGGCAGUCUCCAGCUAUCAACUCGAAUCCUUCUUUCCUACCUUGCUUAAACUAUUAGAGGAUCAAAAUCCAGAUGUACAGAACCAGUCAAUCAAGUCGUUUGAACCAAUGGUUAAGUUUUUAUCCAAUGAUGGCAUUUUAAAGUUGAUCAAGAGUUUGUUUGCCUUGGUGCCACUUGCUGAUGACAACACCUCGAAAAGUUUCACCAUCUCCAUUCCCAAUAUGGCUCUCCGUUCUUUGUUUGCCCAAUCAAACUCUAGAGACAGUUCGGAUUUUGUUUCUGACAAGUUGUCAACUUCCAAUUACAGAUUUGAUGCGGCAGUAUCCCGAGCAAUUAUGGAUUACUUGAUUCCUCAGAUUACCCAUAGAGAAGUCACCAUUGACACCGUGGAAUUAUUGAUUGAUCUAGUAACAGAAAUUGGGUACGUGUUGACUGAAGGCGAAGUGUUGAAAUUAUCAUUAUUCCUUGUUGAAGUUGCAUUCAAAGAAACUGGGAUUAUCGGCAAAAACUCAAUUGUUGCCUUGGAAAAGGUGUUUGCGUUGACUAAGGAUGUAGCUACGGUUGAGAGUGUUUUGUUGGAGGUUAAACGAGUUGAGAGCAUCACUUCUACCGAUGAUAGAUUAUUUCAUGCCUUCCAAUUGUAUUCUGUAUGUUUGAAGAAGGGAAUCAGACCUUCAUUGGGUAUAUUAAGGGAUAUCUACAAUACUAUUGUUACUACAUUAGAUGUUAAUCCCAUCAACAAUGAUGACAUAGAACAAGAUGUGGACUUUGACGCAAUUGUUCAGGAGAAUUUAUUGAAAGAUGAAGCAUUCACCACUUUGAUUAAUUUUGUCACCCAAGGAUACUUGCCUAACGAGCUUUGCGAACAAGUUUUCCACUUGAUUAAGUUCUUUUUAAGAUAUGAUCCAUUGAAUACUGAUUCGUAUGAUGAUUUUGAUAAUGAUGACGAUGACAAUAUAGAGUUUAGUGACGAUGAAUGGGAUGGAGCUGACGACGAAGACAAUGAUUGUUCUUGGAAAUUGCGAGCAAAAGCGUCAAUUUUAGUAUCGCCAUUCCUCAAAUCAUUCCCGGCUUCAUUGGCAUUAUUUUCUGAAACUGUACUUCCAAUUCUUCCAAUUGAAGAUAAGAACGAUCAAGUGAUUUUUGAAGCUGUGAGGGCAGCGGUAUCAAUCAUCAAUUUGACUUCUCAAAAUGAUUGGAAAAAUAUUCAAGUUAUUAUACCUAUAAUUAUCACCCGUUUGGAAACAAUCAGAGAAGACCAAUUCCCAGUGUUUCUCAAAUUUAUUGAAAGUUUGAAUCGUUUCCAACAUGUUGAGCUUGUCGAGGCUACAUUUUUGUGCUUCAGAAAGAGAAGUAUAACCACUUCUGGGUCUUUAGAUUGCUUGCAAUUUUAUUCCAGUGUGCUUGAAAGUUAUACCACUCUUCCAACCAUGGUUUUAGAAUAUAUCACUGAAGACUUUAUUACCAACCUUUCCGAUAAAUCGUUCAAUAUGAUUUCAGAAACGGUCAAAUCCUUGAACUUGUUAUGUAAUCAUGCAAGUGCCACAAACGUAUCUGAAUACUAUAGAAACAAAGUUGUGGCUGGGUUGAUUUUAAAAGUGCAAAAUCAUAAAUUGUACACCAGUGAUUUGGUUCGUCUUUGUAUUAUUGCAUUGGGUGAAAUUUUAUGUCAUGGAUUAUCCCAAGAGAAUGAUCAAAUUUUGGAAGUUUUCAAGGUUUCCAUUUCAAACGAAUCGACCAGUAAGGCCACUUUGGAUGUACUUAAUGAAGUAUUGUCUUCAGAGACUAUCAUUUCAAAGGAUUAUGCGUUUUUCAUUAUUGAAAAGUUGAGUACGUUGAUUAUCUCCAGUACUGAAGCGACAUCGAAGGCAUCACUCAUCCUUUUGAACAACAUUAUUCAACGGAUUCCAUCUACAGAAAUUCACAGCGAUGUGGUAUUGCAAAACUUGAUUGAGUUGUUGAGAGUAUCAAACAAGGAAGUUUACAAGUAUGUUUUCCAAGCUUGUAAUUAUCUCUCUGCUCAUAUUUUCUCACUGGAGAUUUAUAGAAUGAGACUUCUUCAAACAAUCAUUCAAUUAGUCAAUGACGGCAGCAUUGAAGCCAGUGAUGAUUCGUUUUUCGAAUUGGUGAAGACAUCAUGUAAUUUUGACCCAGGAUUGUUUGCGUACUUGCAAUCGAAUUUAAAUUCUGCCAGUGAAACCAGUGCCAGAAUAUUGGCAAUUUGUGCCCUUGGAAAUAAUCUCCAACUAGAAAUUGAUACUAGAGUGCUGGAAUUCGAAAAGUUUGUCAAGUCCGACAUCAAUUCCAAACAAUUUGUUCCUGUGAUUCGAUUCCUUGGAUACAUUGGGAAACUGAGAGCUAUUCCUGUCACCACUGAUUCAUUAUUACAGUUGUUGAAAAAUGAAAAAUUGACCAAUGAGACAGUUAUUAGUUCGGCCUCUACGGCGUUGGGGUUGAUUGCUAGUAGAGAUAUUAGCGCCAACCUUUCAUUCUUUGCUGAUAAUUACGAGAGUAAUAACGAUACCAAUGUCCGUGGUCAUUUAAUGGAUGCGUUGAAUAUAGUUGUUGAUUAUUGUCAAUCCGACUCCGUAUUUGAUUAUAUUUGGAAUCUCAUUUUCAAUUCCUCAAUUGAGUUUGAAAUGUGUUCAAUUGCCGAGUUGAGAAAAUCAGGUGAAGUCUUGGGGAAAAUAAUUACAUUGUCACCAGCCAAGCGAGCACCACUUGUGGAGUAUUGCAAGAAGCAACCUCCAUUGAGGGAGGUUUACCUUAUUCUUGUGAUUAUCAAACUGUUGCUCAGUAGUACGGAAACUUCGGAAGGAUAUGAUGAAUUCUUGAGCUCAUUGAUCAACUCGUCUAUUUCUUGGAUUGAUAUUGUCAACAUAGAUAUCAGACAAAUCGUGGUGGGUAAUCUCUUGACCGGGCUUCAUAAUAAACCAUUGAGUAUAUUGCCCAACUUAAAUGACCUGUUGCUCCCCAAGAUAUUCCAACAAUUGAAGGCAGAAGAUGCUUUUAAGAAAGUUAUCACCAUGGGUCCGUACAAGUAUACCAUGGACCAGGGGUUGGAGAUUAGAAAGCUUUUCUAUGAGUUCUUAUAUACUUUAUUUUCCCUUGAUUCAUCCACACUCAAACAAUAUGAGGUUAACCUUAGUGAAAUCUCCCAAAAUAUUGUGUUUACAGGGUUAAGUGACGAGCAAGCGGAUAUUACCGUGUUGUCAUGUAUUAACUUGAUUCAUUUGAUUGCUAACCAUGAAUCGGAUGUGAUUGUGCUUAUUAAGAACAAGGACGAUCUAUUUACCACCAUGGUUAAGAAUUUGCGCUUGCAAUUGGCGAAGAAGCUAUCUGCCAAAGCGUCGGCACAAGAUAGUGAAAGUUAUCAGGAGAGAAUCAAGUCGAUUGUGAAGUUAUCCAAGAAGUUUAACCAAAUUAUCGAAAAGGUAUAUUCCAUGAACCCCGAGAUUAUUAAUUUAGUCAGAGAGUGGCGAGAGUAUUGUCAGGAAUUGAAGUCGAAUUUCCAAAUCUACUACAAUAGCGUUGAACUUGAAUAG